AUGUCCGGUAGAGGUAAAGGUGGUAAAGGUCUAGGUAAAGGUGGUGCCAAACGUCAUAGAAAGAUCCUUAGAGAUAACAUUCAGGGUAUUACCAAGCCAGCUAUCAGAAGACUUGCCAGAAGAGGUGGUGUUAAGCGUAUCUCUGGUCUAAUUUACGAAGAGGUCAGAGCUGUGCUCAAAACCUUCUUGGAGUCCGUUAUUAGAGAUGCAGUCACAUACACUGAACAUGCCAAGAGAAAGACUGUUACUUCUUUGGACGUUGUUUAUGCCUUGAAGAGACAAGGCAGAACCUUGUAUGGUUUCGGUGGUUAA